UGAGCUGUAAUAAUGAUCCAAUCAUUGGCUCUUAAGUAUUUGCUGAUAUAAAUUCAAAUGGCGACCUUUUUUUUUGGCCGAGCAGUAUAUUAAAUGUAUAAUAAAUCUGAUGAGCGAGUAAAUAAAAUCUGUUCUUCUAUAAUAGAAUUAUUAAUGCUGAAUGACAGACUUUGCAUCCACUGAGGACCGAGUUAAACUGUCUGUCUUGCAACUGAAGAUGCAGUGUAAUCACUCUGAAGUAAUUUCUUGAGUUUCUGAAAAUUUCUGCUCUGCUGCAUACUUUGGAUGAUAUUUAUAUAUUUCCUGUGAUCCACGAUUAACCGCUGACAGCAGAGUACGUUUAGCAAUCUAAUCUCCCACCGUCACGUGUUUCUCUGUGAUAUCUGCAAUUCACUGAAUUGUCAACAGAUGUCUCUAAGCAUGCGUAAUACAAACAGCUAAACAAAAAAAAUUAAUUUCUCCAGUUAAUAUUAUCAAUUAAACAAAAUGUGAAUUUGUUAAGUACGUAUACCCAAUUUACAUCUUGUGAGGAACCACCUUUAUGUCAGAUAAAAAACUAUAAGCUAGACUCCUUUAUUACCGUGCUUUAGUCGGGUUUACUGCGUGCUGACAGACAGACUCACAGCGUCACCUAGUGAGCACGAGAGUGAACAGGAAAUUACAAAUAGGAAUUACUUUACAACAUCACACCACAGCACACAAUCAGCCCUAUAAGAAAAAAACACAACUCUGUGAGUCAAAGUAAACUGGAACCAAAAAUACCAUCACAGUUAGUCUUGCUUUUUUUUUUCUUUUUACAAACUUUUUAUAAACUCUUAAAUACCUAACAAAAACGGAACAAAGCACAUGAUUCUGAAGUCAAUAUGCUAACAGGGGCAUGCAGUUGAACGGACCUUCAAGCCCAAGGCGCAUGAUCCUACGUCAUCUUUACGCGCCUUUAGCUGAAGGUGGGCUGCAAAUGUGUUUCUUGACAGUUCAUAGCUGGUGGAUUUUAACGAAUUAAAUGUUCGAUUCACUUAAUUAGCAAACGUCUGAGGUUAUAAAGCAAAUCUAAAAUGACUCCAGCACCUUUGUAUGCAGUUGUGUGUCAUAGCACAACCAGAUUGGUGUUAGCUGCAUGCUCAAGGACCUGCCAUGGUCGAUGGCUGAAAAUAAAGCCCCUGGUCACAAGCUCCACAUACGCAUCGCUGACCAGCCGACACAGUGCGUUGGGCGAGCGGGGCAGUGAAGACCACAUGUGCUACCGCCGCACCGCAGAUGUGCUGCAUCUACCGAGCCGCAACCUGACCACAGGCCAGCCCGGCUGGUACGAGAGCAUGGCCAACUCCCAGCCAAUCCACCUGACCGAGCAACUACUGGUGACAGUGCAGCAGGCCACUGGGCUGCCCUGGUGGGCCAGCAUUAUCUGCACCACUGCAGCUUUGAGGACGGCUGUCACCCUCCCUCUGGCAGUCUACCAAAUGGUCAUCAUCGCCAAGGUUGAGGGUCUGCAAGUGGAGAUCGCAGGACUGGCCAAGCGCCUGAGCUAUGAAGUCUCCAUACGGGCAAAGCAGCAGGGCUGGUCGGAGAAGACCUGUCGGUACCACUUCAAGAAGAACCUGCGGCGGAUCGUGUCUGAGCUGUAUGUGCGGGACAACUGCCACCCGUUCAAGGCCAGCCUGCUGGUGUGGGUGCAGCUGCCCAUGUGGGUGAGCCUGUCGCUGGCCCUGAGAAACCUCAGCACAGGCCGGGCAGGUUCUCCGUCAGCCAUCCAGGAGGAGCUGGCAGCAGGGGGCGCUCUUUGGUUUCCAGAUCUCACCCUCCCUGACUCUACCUGGGUGAUGCCUGUGUCCCUGGGGCUCAUCAACCUCCUCAUUAUAGAGAUGUUUGCUCUCAGGAGACCAGAAGUUUCUAAAUUCCAGAAGUUUGUGACAAACUUUUUACGGGGGAUCUCCGUGGCGAUGAUUCCCAUCGCUGCCACUGUGCCCUCGUCCAUGACCGUGUACUGGCUAAGCUCCAGCUGCGUGGGACUGGUCCACAACCUGGUACUGCGCUCCCCACGGUUCCGCCAGCUCUGUCGGGUCCCAGCCACUCGCUCAGAUUCAGACACACCAUACAGGGACAUGGCUGCUGCCUUUGUUGCAAAAUACCUCAAGUAAAGCAGCCUCCCACCAGCAGGGGGCAGUGAUGACCAGACCAAGAACUCAGGGGAUGCCCUGCAAAAAGGACCUUCUUAUGGGGUGCUCCUCUUAGUUUUAAACUUGAUUGGGUUCUUUAUAACUAAGGUGCUCAACAAUUAAUUCUGACCUGGGUUUGGUAACAUGGCCAGUCAAGAUUUAUCAGUGGCUGAUCACCACCCACAGUCCCAUGUUAAUGGCUAAUUCAGUCCAGCCUGAUGACCAUUUGUGGUUGCCAUUAUCAUCCCUGUUUGUGCACAGUAAUAGGAUCUAUCACCUAAAUGUUAGGCAGUGGACUCCAGGCUAAGGGCCUGAAAUUGAAUCUUUAAAAAUAUUACAUUUGAAAAAUAAUUUAAAUACCUUGUGAGGAAUGUAAUUACUAAGUGUUCAUACUGGUACGUUGGUUGAAUUUAGUGUGAUUUAUGAAAGUAUAUCUAAUAAAAUUACUUUUUUUUUCAUGUGAA